AUGGGCCUACAAUCCAAUUCCGUGGCGUUGCGAGUGGAGAAAAAGUUGGCUGGCAAGUUGGGCCAUCGUUCCGUGGCCAAGCACAUUCUGCCUGAUGAAGUUCUCGAAGCAAUCGACGGUUUUCAACAGAUUCUGGUCGAAUUUUACUCGCAAAAGGAGGCCGAAAAGGUAAGUGAAUAUAAUUUAUGGGUUUGGCGGGGAAUUUUAUGUUUUUACUAAUUUUUGGAGCAAAAUGGAUGUUGUACUUGAUUCUUGAGGAAACUGUAGGUAUUUUAAACGUUUUUAAGUUAAUAAAAGGUUGCAACAAGUUUUAGAUUUUAAAGUUUUGUUGUUUUAAAAGGUUGAUUCAUAGUUUUUCAAGAAUCAAGUGUAAAUAUUGUUUUUCUUUUCAAAUUUAUAUUGCUUUAGAUAGGUCUUGCUUUUCCCCAUUUAAACUACUUAUCUUGACUAACGUAUACCAUAAUGGCUUCAAUAUACAUCACAAACUCUUAAUUUUCGUAUUUUAGGUAAUUUCCGGUGUGAUCAAGACUGUAAUGAAGCUUGGGAUCAUGUUCCAAGAGCCCGCCAACAUUGACAACAAUCUGGACAUGCUCAUGAACAUGCAGACCAAGCUCAGGAACCUGUUCAUGACCGUCCAGUCAUUCCAUCAAGUCGACUACAGCUACUCCAGGAAUCACUUGUUCCUGAUCAUGGACGAUGCCAGAGAGGCCUUGUUGGUUGUGGUUCAGAAGUUACUGAGUCCAAAAUCUUCGCUUCGAGUCGAUUUCAUAUUCGAGAAGCUGAGGAACGCCGAGAUGAUGGACGAGUUCUUCAAGGUUGGCGGCAGGUUCGAACCGAACAGGGAGAAGUUGAUCUACGCGGUGGAUAUGAUCGUUCCAUGA